UAGUGAACGAAAUGCUGGAACGCUCGAGACUCCCGCGUGACGUCAUAGGUAUAGUCCCAUGAUGCCUGCGCGGCCCUAUUUAAAAACAUUUCAUAUACUUUUUAAAAUGAUUGUUCAGUAAGAAGAGGUAAGAUAGUGGCGUUUUGAGCAAUGAAAGUGAAAGUGAACGAAAUGUACAGGAAUUAGUGGCGCCUCGUGAUGACGUCAUGGCGGUGGAGCGGCGUUGGCUGCGCUGCAUCACUCGCCCGCCAGCAAGAGCGGGAGUAGGACGUGCGGGGAGGGAGAGACGCUCAAGAUCUUUUCCGUCCCGCUGACCUCCUCCGCUUAGAGUUGAUAUUCCUAUUUCAUACAUUGACAUAGGCUAGUCAACUCAUACUAUUUUCCAUUUACCCCCAGAUUUGAUCAAACGGCAAUUGAAAUUAAGGUAAAGUAUUCGGCAGUGAGGAGCGGAAGGCAAGGCAGGAAGGCAAGGCUGGGCUGGUCUAGUCUGGUCUGGUCUGGUCUGGUCCCUCCCUCCAGCCUAGUGAUCUCGUGCUGUCCUCCUCCUACUCCUCCUCCUCCUCCUACUCCUCCAUCUUGUUGUUCGUCCGUCUCAGGUUGCAGGGCGCGCCAUGGAGUACGCCGCCAUGCUGAGCUCGCCGGACCUGGUGUCUGGCCUGCGCGACCUGCUGACGGACAGCGACGUGGCGGUGGUGAAGCGCACCGUGCGGGUGUUCGCUAAUGUGUACCGCCAUGCGCUGCGGCUGCUGGCGGCGGGCGAGCUGGACGAGGCCACCUUCCUGGCCGCCUGGCCCGCCAUGUCCGGCGUGGCAGACCACAUCCUGAGCAUGCUGGCCACCGCAGAGAACGAAGGCGUCACCGUGCACGUGGUGCGCUUCCUGGAGGCGGCGCUGGUGGCGCACCUCAUGAGUGAUGUGAGCCGCUUCCCCGAGGUGGCAGUGUAUGGCCCCAAGAUGAUCGCCAAGGGCGUGGCGGCGCUCACGGACCUCGUCUCCACUCCCUACAUCGGCGGGUCUGCCUUCCUAGUGGCGAUGCGCGCCCUCAUCACCGUGGCGUGCUACAAGCCUGACUUGUGGACGCCCGUCACCAACCUCAUCGAGCGCCAGAUCGCCUCGCCGCCGCCCACGCUCUUCGACCACAACGUGCGCUCUCUCCACAAGACCUUGCAGAGGAACCUGUUCCGCCUGCUGCGCCGCGCUGACUCCGCCGCCCUGCGCAGCCAGCUCAUCGAGAUGAUGGUGACGGUGGGCGUGCCCCGCCGCAUGCUGUCCCAGUGGGCACCGCCUCCCGAGAACCGCAAGCGUCCCGCCCAGUCCCAGAGUGAAGAGGCCAUCACGGGGCGCACCACGCCGCCCGUCAAGAGGGCCCGCCAGGAAGAUGACGACGAUGCGGGAAAAGCCGCGCCCCGCGACCCCAGGGACACACGUGCCAACCGUGACCCCCGUGACCCGCGCCUCAACGGCCACCUCAGGGAGCCCCGUGACCCACGUGAUCCUCGCGACCCGCGCGCUGCCAUGCGGGGAGACCCACGCAGCAGUUCCCUGCAAGACGCCCGCGUGGCAGGCCUGGGACAAGACCCACAGCCCUACAACUCUAGGUCGAGGUCCAACUCGCCCCCCGACUCGGGCAACAUCCCGUCUGGGGCGCAGGCCCCCGCCGCUGCCGCCGCCGCCGCCCCCGCCUCGCGGCCCGACAAGAAGGAGAUGUCCAACUUUGAGUUCCUGAAGAGCCUGAUCAGCACCAAGAAGAAGGCGUCGUUGUCGUUCCUGGAGCGGUGCUCGGACAAGGAACGCGCGCUGUACGAGCGUCUGGACCACCCCAGCGUGGUGCGCCUCGUGCUGUCCUGCCUGGACAGUGUGCCGGACUCGCCGCCCGAGGACCUGCUGGCCAAGCUGGGCCGCACCUCGGGGGACGUGACGGGCAUCAGGGAGCAGCUCACCUCCCUGCUGGCGCCGCACAUCCACGCUGACUUCAUCAGCGGCCUGGCUGACGACGAGGGCAGCGCGCCGCCCUCGCGCCCCUCCUCCAAUUCAUCAGCCUUCUCCGCCCGCGGCACGCCCAGCCACAGCGAGGCCUCGCCGCCCUCCCCGCCCUCUUCCGCGCGUUCCACGCCCUCAGACCCCGCCCAGGUGUGCCACUCAGACGUGGACCUGCGGCACCUGCUGAACCGCGGCUUCCGCACCACCGGCGACGUGGACAUGCGCGACACCAGACACCUGCUGCCCCGCGAACCGCCCGCCACCAACCCUGCUGAAGCGUCGCGCGCUGACCCGCGCCCUGCCAUCGCCACCAGCACCAGGCUGGACCCCAGGAUCGCCAUGCUGGACCCUCGCCGCAUUGACCACGCGCGAUGCGAGGCGCCCCGGGGAGGCCUGGACCCCCGCAUAACCCAGGCCUACACCAACUCACACGACCCCAUGGCGGGGCGUGAUGGCCCCUUCAUGGAGGGAUCGCGACCCCCGUACAUGGCAGGUCACCCGCCGCCCCCGCAUGGCUACAUGCCCGGCGGGCCGCAAGGCUACAUGGAAGGUGGGCGGCCGCCCUUCCUGGAGGGCGGGAACGGCGGCAUGGUGGGCGUGCGGCACGGCUUCGAUAUGCCGGGCUACGAGGGGCAGUACCCCGCCCCGCACAUGGGCGGCCCGCAAGACUUCAUGGGGCCCCGGGGAAUGAUGGGGGGCGGCCCGCGGGGUAUGGGCGGCCCCUGGCAGGGGGCCGGCGCUCCUCACAACAGGAUGGGCGUCAUGAUGCCACUCAUGAACGGCGGGUCGGGCAUGUUCUCCCCGCCCAUGCACCUGUGACACCCGCGCCCCGCCUUUUGUACCUUUUUUAAUACAUGAUGCCACACAGCCCGCCUUUCCUGCUCCUAGCCCCCCCCCCGCCUCCCACACCCACUACCCGGGACAGAGAGAGAGAGAGAGAGAGAGCAUAGCAUUGCAUGGCUGUAUUAAGACAGAGGGUGUCGGCAUGGGCCAUGCAGCAGCAGCAGCAGUGUGUGUGUGGGUGAGCACCAUCUGAGACAAGAUAGGGCGCCGCCAGCUGUGCCCGCCUGUCGUGGCGUGCCGUAUACCUGCCACUGCGGGAGUGCGAGGGAGGGUGGGAGAGGGCAGUGUGUUGUGGGUGUGGCGGCAGGUCAUCGUGUGGUGGUGGUCGCCUUGUUGCAUCACACACACAUACACACACACACACACACACAGUUCACAGUGUCAAGACUUGAGGAGUCUUUGCAAGAAAGGAUUUGUCUUUAAUUUGUUUCUUGAAGUAAUCAAAAUAAUAACUAGGCACGGUUUGCCUUACUAUUAUUAUUAUUAUUACUAUUAUUAUUAUUAUUAUUAUUAUUAUUAUUAUUAUUAUUAUUAUUAUUAUUAUUAUUAUUAUUGUCAUCAUCAUCAUCAUUAUUAUUAUUGUUUUCUGAAGAGGACGCGCGGACCAUUACUUUGUGGUGUGCUGUCUCAACUAUCCUGAGUGUCGGCAGGGAUGUCACGCCGUCACCUCACCACCACUUAUUUAUGUAUUUAUGUGUACCUCACCACUGUCACCAUCACCACCAUCAUCACCACAACCAUCAUCACCAUCACCAUCACCAUAGCCUCACAUGUGUAUCACCGUGUGUGUGUGUGUGUGUGUACAUUAAUUAUAUCCCGUGCAGGGAAAUAUUACCUUCAUUUGUUUGGUUUAUGUUUAUAUGGAAAAUAAAGUGAACAUUUAUUACUGA